AUGUACUUGACCUUCUUCCUUCUUGGUCAUGGUCGGAAUGAGUUGCAGGUAACGGAAUCGCAGCCGAAUGUCGUGGGAAAAGCUUUUCUGACCUUUGUCAUGCCACAGGGUAAACAGUGGGAACAAUGGUGAAGUACUUCUGCUGCACAGGUUUGCUGAAAAGCACCUGGGACCAAGUAUGCAUUGCCUUCUGGCAACGAUAUCCCAACCCCUACAGUAACCAUGUCUUGACGGAGGACAUUAUUUUCCGGGAGGUGACCCCAUCCAACUGCCUCAUUUCCAGACGUCUGUUGACCAAAACAAGCCGUGCGCCCCGCUGGAUGGAGCGGUACCUUCCAAAGCACAUGGCCAGCUCUGCUUACAUCAUUGAGGACUCCAUUGUGGAUCCUCAAAGAAAGACUAUGACCACACUGACAUGGAACAUCACUCACGCCCGCCUCAUGUCAGUGGAAGAGCGGUGCGAGUACAGAACUAAUCCUGAAAACGGCAGCUGGACUGAGAUAAAAAGAGAAGCUUGGAUUGCGUCUAAUGUCUAUGGUCUCUCUCGAGGAAUCCAGGAGUUUGGUCUUGCAAGGUUUAAGACGAGCGUAACGAAAACCAUGAAGGGAUUCGAGUUUGUGCUCGCCAAAAUGCAAGGUGAAACACCCAGAACCUUGACGGAGGCGGCGACAGAGCGAGCGAGAGAGACAGCGCUGGCAGCUAAAGAGAAAGCCAAAGACCUGGCCUCGCAGGCCCACAAGAAGCAGUAUGUGUGACGUGCUUCCCCUGAGUCCAGCAUGGGUCUAUCUCCACCUUGCUCCCCUCCCAGUCUGGCUGCGGGAUGAGCCUGGUCCUGGACGGGGGUCCACGCCUCUCUGACGGAACGGUUCUGGUGGACCAGUCGAGUGCUUCAUCGGCCUCCUCUUCCUGAAAACAAGCUAUGUUUCUACUUAAUCCAUGCAGAUUUUGAUUCUAGCUUUGCAUCAGAUCACAGCCACAGCCACAGCUUUCAUCCAUGAGCAGCAUCAUGCAGACAGUUCACAUGAAAGUGACUGCAGAAGCAUGUCCGGAUCGUUCUCGUACAGAACGUAGCGCGCUUCUUAAGUCAUUUGUGAUCAUUGUUUCACAUAUUCUGAGCUCUGAUUUGUGGCAGAAUAGACCUCAUGUUAAUUCCUCAAUAUCCAUGCAAUGUCUUGUUCAUCUGUGUUGUUGUUAUCUUCAAGAUAAUUUCACGAUCUUUUAUCAUUCUGCCAUGACCGAUCGACUCUCUGCUUCAAGUUGAAGUUCAUGGAUCAAGGAAUCAUCCUUGCUAGUUGUAUGUUCUGAAUUAGUUUGUGAGCACAGACGUAUGUUCAUUUACUCACACAAAAGAAGAAGAAAUCAUGCCUUGUUUUUGUACUUGAAAUCUGAUAGUGAAACUGCAACUAAAGGCUCUUGUCAGGUAAUAAAUGCUCGCAUUGUUUUUACCAGACCACAUGUUGAAGCCCUUCACAUCUCAUGGUGAUGCCUCAUCACUCUGAG